AUGGAGGAGCACCCCCUCAUGACGAGGUUCCCCGAGGACGCCGAUUGGGAACAGUUCGACAACUUGACAUUGCGCAGGCAAUGCUUAGUUCGCAACAUUCCUAACGAUCAAACCACCCGGAACUACAAGAUACGUGUUCUACAAGAGUAUCAAAAGACUCAUGUCACCGAAAUCAGACAGAUCCCUUGGUGCGGCAAACCUCAUUUUCCCACCUGGAAAGAGGGAUCUUCGCGCUUGGGACUAUUUGAUACCUACCAAAUAGCACAGGUCAAAGACAGGAGUACCUCAAACGGAACGGGUUUCAGGAAAGAUUUCACCUUUUGCGACAAGGAAGGAUGGACCUGCAUUGUUGCCUUCCAAGAGAUACCGACUUGCACUUGUCGGUCGCAAGCCACGUGGGAAAUUGAAAAGUACCGUGAACAGAAUCAGGAACCGGCUGCCACCACUACCGCAACGAUCACUUCAGCGCUACCUACACAGACGGCGAAUGUUAUCCAGCAACCCUUCGAGCGCAAAGAGAACGAUGAUCAUAGCGUGGAAAGCUCGAGCUCCCCAAAGAACCAAGACCACAGAGACGCACAAGUCGACGGCAAUCCCGAAAUCAACCAAAGCCCUUCUCAUGGAACCAUUAUGGGCGAUACACAUCCGUCUCCAUCUUUAUCCUCGUCAUCCGACUUUCCGUCUCCUUCUCAGUCCGCUGUCAAACAACAAGAACUCCUUACCCUUCCCCAUGCUCAACAUCCCUCUCAAGCGUCUAAAGACGCACUCCCUCGACUCAUGAACUUGACUCCCUUGCCUACUGUACCCCUACAGAGGAGUGCGUCUGUUUCGCUCACGAGUAACCUAGAGCCUAUGUCGCUGGAGUUGAAGCAUCAAAAGGAGCAAGAGCGAGUAGAGAAGCUGCCACGGGGUGUUUCUCUGGACUUCAGUCCGGCCUUGGCUAAUUCCUGGACUUCUGUUGCAUUAGGUGGGCAUACUUCUGGUCAGACCCCGGUCCUCUCGGCUGUUGGCAUUGAUUCUCAGGAUUCUGCUUCCGCAACUGCAGCCGUCACUGUCCAGACCGCUACAUCUGCCUCCCCUGGUGCUACUCCGGGUGUUGUCGAUGGUCCUUGUCCAGUCAAUACGACCGCUGAUGUUCGCCAGCGAAAAGCGGCCAAGUUGGUGCGGAAAUGUCGUCGCUUGGAAAAGGAAGCAUCCUACAUCGGGAAGCGUGCGAAGCGCAGAAUCAAGAAGAUUCACAAAGAGUACAAACGUGAGCUCAAGAUGCUCAAGGAGAAGAGAGAGAGGCUCGAAAGGAAACUGAAGGCCAUUGACUGAGGGUCUAAAAUUAGAGCGAGGAAUGAUGUGUUUGAUGAGAGAUUGUGGGAUGUCAGUUCAUAUGUAUAGAGAGGGCUCGAGGAGAAGGAAAAUAUUAUCCGCCGUUUCAGAACGGGAAAUGUGCAAGGAGUGAAUUAGUUCCGGCUUGUACGAGUAUGACCAUCUAGAGACCUGAAUGUCAGCUAAUAUGUUCAAGGCUGCGAGAGCAUGACAUAGUGGAUGGUGAAGGACACAGGUUGAAUGUAUCCAGUGAGAAUAGAGAUUUCAAACAAAAAGGUGACGAUCCCGACAAAAGUUUCCUGAUGAAG